UGUGUAUUAGUGAAACGGUAAUAGUUCUCAGGGUUUCUUUCAGUGUGGGUUAGUGGGUUAAUUUUCACGCAAGUAAAUUUCCUAAUCGAUUAAUAUUUGGAACCCACAGUUCACCCACUUGCAAAAUCCUGAAAGAAACCAUGCUAUAGAAAAAAAAGUUCAUUCAUAAAUCAUAUGAUGUGCUAUUAGUGACUGGAGAGUGUGCAGUAAUUAAUCCCGUAUCACAUCUGGUCCAGUAAUUGCACGUCGUCAUUGACAAUGUGCAAUUACCUGUCAAGUAAUAUUGCACGCUGUCAAUGACAAUGGAUUGUUUUUGAAUAACGGCCACGGCCAAAAAUGUUAAUAAAAACUACAGAGAACUUCAUCAUACACAAUUAAAUCAAUAUAAUAUUAUGGUUACUCGUGCAAUAAGGAAUUAAUAGCACUCAUAACAAUUAAGCACUGGCAAGGUUAAUAGCACUCGGCUACGCCUCGUGCAAUUAGUAUCCUAGCUUGCUAUUGCUUGUUACACGUGCUAUUAAUCUCAUAUUGCACUCUUAGCCAUACUAUUAAUAUUAUACUAUAUAAUAGCAAGUGGUGUGGAGCCCUUUUUAUACAAUUAAGUCAAUAACUAGCUAGCUCUUACAUGUAUCAGUGUUUUGAAUUGUAGUGUACGAAAUAUAGGCUAAAUGUUUUCCAGUUGGGCAAAUGAUUAGAUGCUCUCCCAAGAAAACCCAAGAAACUGAAUUCAUAACCAACUGAUAAAAGAGUUGUAUGUAGAUCUACAUGACUGCUAAAUCUUAGAUUCUAUUAGCAUUGAGACUGUAAUACAAUGAGAGUGUGGUCGUUGAUAUCAGUUUUGUCCGUUAUUCAAAGUGUUGCUAGUCUUGAGUUCUAUGUAGGGCAGGGACAAAAUGGCAGUUGUGAACCAAUUUGCUUAGAAGGAAAUCUGCACUCACUGACUGUUGCAUGCUGCAGUAUUGAGCAAGUUGCAAAGCAGUAUGGAACAAACACGUCUGAUCUUAAGGUUCACUUGUUUGGGAAUAUAAAGAUUAUGGAAUUAGUGAUGUUUGAAAAUGUCUCUUCAUUAACAAUUACAGGGAAUGUUAUUUCGAAGCCAGAACUGAGUUGUGGUAUUUCUUCAUAUAAUAGUCGUGAUGUGGGUCUCCAGUUUUUUGGGGUGCAAACACUCGAAAUCUACAACGUAAGAAUAGUUGCAUGUGGAGCUGUGUACUUUCUGAGAGAUAUACCUAUUAUAACAGCUGUUGCAAUAGUGAACUGUAGAGAUGUGUUGCUAGACAGCGUAGACAUUGAGUCAAGCAAAAACAACUCUUUACUUAUAAAUAAUGCUAAUGGAGAAGCCACUCUGAGAAACUUAACUGUGCAAAAAAAUGUUAAAACAAAGGGCAAAGUGGAAGCAGGAAGCUCCUUUGCUGGGGGCAUUCAGAUUGUGAUUAGUAAUAACAAUACAACCUAUACGAUCAUCGAUAGUCAGUUUGCUAGCAUUCAUACACCACUUUACAGUGAGUUUGAACCAUCUAAACACAAGAAUUGGCUAGGAUACGGUUUAGGAGGUGCACUCUCAGUCAUUUUUGAAGAGAAUGUUGCGAAUUGUACGGUUUCUGUAGUCCAUUGUACACUCCAAGAAUCUUGGUCACCAUUUGGUGGAUGCAUGUAUAUCAGAUUCCAAGAUAAAUGCACGAAUAACUCUGUUGUGAUUAACGAUUCAGUUUUUCGUAAAUGUAAAGCUAUGUUUGGUGGUGGUGGUUUAGCAGUGGGUGUUACAGAGAAGGCUUCGUAUAAUAGGCUCUUAGUGAACAAUACUACCUUUAAAUAUAACGAUGCCAAAUUUGGAGGUGGUACAUACCUGUUUGCUUUUCAUAGCCGUGACAACUUGAUUCAAACUAAUGACUUGGAGUUUGUUCAUUGCAACUGGAUUGGAAAUACUGGCAGAUACAGCUCGGCAGUCGAUAUAUCACCAUCACAAUUUGAUCACCAUGGUAGCGGUAACCUUCCAAACCCUAUAUUUCAAGACUGCAACUUUGUUCAAAAUCAAAUCGUAUUCAACAGCACUAGAAAAUCAAUUGCAUAUGGUGUUUUUGUGAUUACCCGUGUUACAAUCAGGUUUAAUGGGUUAUUCCUUUUUGAUAGCAAUGCUUACACAGCAUUAUUGUUGAAUUCAGCAAGAAUUGAGUUUGGCACACGCACAGAAAUUAGAUUUGUGAAUAACACUGGAUUUUAUGGUGGAGCCGUGUCCUUGCACAGCUUUUCUUCUCUCUCCAUUAGCAAUCAUUCUUUUAUUCAGUUCAUCAACAACACUGCUACAGAGUAUGGUGGGGCAAUAUUUUAUCAUACCACUGAGCAGCGGGAAUUCUUUGCGAGCCGAUCUUGCUUUUUGGAGUACAGUGGUAGUCAAACCACACCUGUUGAAGAUAGAAACAUAACUGUUCAUUUUUCUGGUAACUCGGCAAAACUUGGUGGAUCCUCAAUAUUUGCUUCAACUUUCUUUUCUUGUUACUUCAGUAGUAAAGCUAUUUUACAGAACAGCAAGCUUGAAGAUUUUCUUAAAGAUAUUGGUAACUUUACGCUGGAUACCGCUAAAGAAAACAACACACGUGUUUUGAGUACCUUAACAUUCCAUUUCGAAACAACCAUGCAAAACAAGACUCUUUUUGCAUGGCCUGGGAGUACACAAAAACUAUCACUUACAGUCGUUGAUGAAUUUAAUCAUAAUCUGGCAUCGGAGUUUUACACUCGAAUUAGAAAAGAGAACAACAGUGUAUCGCUUCAAUAUCCAUACACUGUCGAUCGUUCAAUCACUUUGUUUGGUGCUCAAGGUGAUGAAGCUUCUUUAAUAAUUGCAACACAGAAUCCGUAUCGUAUUGUACAGUAUAUACUAAAAGUGACACUUCUACAUUGCCCGCCUGGAUUCUACUAUGAUGAGUUGGCUCAAAGCUGCAAGUGCUCUUCUGACAAUAAACAAGAGGCAUAUUAUGGAAUAGAAAAGUGUAAUCAUACAGCCAUCAUAAAGAGAGGUUAUUGGGCAGGUUAUUACACUCACACUGAUAUUUUCUAUACAACUCCUUGUACUCUGUUUUGUAAUUUGAGCAAUAAUCCGACUGCUACUGAGUAUCCACUCCCGGGCUCAAACAAUCAUGAUGUACUGAAUUUACUUAUGUGUGGGCAGACUCGCCAGGGUGUUGUUUGUGGCCAGUGUAGGGAUGGGUUUUCUACUUUUUACCAUUCAAAGAGUUUCACAUGCGGAGAGGAAAGCAAAUGUUCAUACGGUAUUUUCCUGUUUAUCGUUUCAGAACUGCUGCCUGUGUUCAUUUUCUUCACCUUGAGCAUCAUCUUUGAAGUCAACUUUUCGUCAGGGGCUAGCAAUGGAUUCAUUUUCUACUGCCAAAUUGUAACAAUCAUACCCUCAAAGUAUACCAUUAUUGACCAUUCAAAUACUUUCAUCAAAACCCUCGUUGUAGGUUAUAAUCUAUUCUACGGAAUAUUUAACUUUGACUUUUUUUCGGUAGAGCAGUUAUCAUUUUGCCUUUUCAAGGGUGCUACAGUAAUGAAUGUACUGGCUUUCAAAUACGUUACCACAGUAUUUGCUUUUAUUCUCGUGAUACUACUGAUCGUAUCCAUUCGUUACUGCACAUGCUGUAGUAAAUAUUUAAAACCUAUCAAGACCAUCAAAGUGUCAGUGCUUCACGGACUAUCUGCAUUUUUUGUAAUCUCCUAUGCUGAGUGUGUGCGAGUUUCUCUUUUCAUUUUACGCAAGAGCAACUUAAUAGGUGCUGGAGGAACUUAUGGUCCUUCAGUGGCAUACUUUGGAGGGAUUAAAUAUUUUGAGAAUGAACAUACGCUAUAUGCUAUCAUUUCAAUAUUUACCCUAUUCCUAAUCGGCUUUGUUCCUUGUUUCGUCCUCCUGUUCUAUCCAUCAUUUCUUCAUCUUCUACAGUUGUGUAAACUAAGUGAGAACAAAAUGGUGCUGUAUGCUCUCAGAGUGACUCGUAUCAACUCUCUCAUGCCUAUGUUUGAUAUAUUCCAGGGAGGAUUCAAAGACCGGUGCAGGUUUUUUGCUGGCCUGUACUUUUUCUAUCGAAUCGUUAUUCUAGUACCUUUCUCUUUCAGUAGUGAUAUACUAGUCUAUGGCCUAAUAUCCGAGCUGUUCUUUUUCCUCAUGCUAAGUACACACUCUGUGAUACAGCCAUAUAAAGAAAGAAAGCAUAACGUGUAUGACAGCUUACUCUUUAGUAACCUAAUACUGAUAACUGGUUUUGGUGUUGUUUUAAAAUUACAAGAAUUUUCCCAACCAACACAUUUACUAAAGGCAGUUGCUUACAGCCAGUUGUUCCUCAUUUAUAUACCGAUCAUUUUUUUAGCCAUUGUUUUUACAUUCCGAGCUGUGAAGAAACUGCGUGCUUGUAGGAAAACAUUGACCACUGAGACACACUCAGACAAUGAGUUUUUAGAGUAUCUCGAUAUCUUAAGUGGUGAAAAAGUUCUUGAAGGAACUGAUGUAGAACUUAGCACUUUCCAUAGUAGUUACAAACAAUGUGAGACAAACUGAAAAAUGUGUAGUGAAUUCGCAUGCCACACACUAUAUACAUGUAAUUAUUAUAGUUGUUCACACGGAUUUUUUUCCUUUGUUUGUAUAUUAGACCAUAAUGUAUAAUUAUAUUACAUUCAUUCAGACAUUCA